GAAGAUCCAACGGUUCACAAUCGCCCGAAGUUUCAAGAAACCCUCAUCUUCUAAACCCUUAACUUCUCACCCUCAGGAACCCCCUCGAAGUCGUUUCUGUACUCAGCCGGCCACUCUAUCCACUCGAAAGUCCGCUUCCAUCCAUCCUAUCUCCGAGUUUUAAUCGAGAAUGGCAUCAGCUUUCAGCACCAUGUCUACAGUUGGAUCUUUGGUGGCUCCUGGAAGCCUUGGAAGGGCCUCUUCGGAUAGGUUCUCGUCCCUUUCAUCAAUAUCUUCAAGUUCCAUCUCUAGUAAGGGGCAGAACUUACGGGCGCAAAGGAGGCGAUCUCUAAGAAUAAACUCAAUGGCUAAGGAGCUUUACUUUAACAAGGAUGGAUCUGCUAUUAAGAAGCUACAGACUGGAGUGAACAAGCUUGCAGAUCUUGUUGGAGUUACGCUUGGUCCAAAGGGCAGGAAUGUUGUCCUGGAGAGUAAAUAUGGUUCGCCCAAAAUUGUUAAUGAUGGAGUGACUGUUGCGAGGGAGGUUGAGUUAGAGGACCCGGUUGAAAAUAUUGGUGCAAAGCUUGUAAGGCAGGCUGCUGCAAAGACCAAUGAUUUAGCUGGUGAUGGGACAACUACUUCAGUUGUUCUAGCGCAAGGACUAAUUGCAGAGGGUGUAAAGGUGGUUGCUGCUGGAGCAAAUCCUGUUCAGAUUACCCGAGGCAUAGAGAAGACCGCAAAAGCACUAGUUGAAGAAUUGAAACUGAUGUCUAAGGAGGUGGAAGACAGUGAAUUGGCUGAUGUAGCUGCAGUCAGUGCUGGAAACAACGAUGAGAUAGGAAAUAUGAUAGCAGAGGCCAUGAGCAGGGUUGGAAGGAAGGGAGUUGUGACCCUUGAGGAAGGAAAGAGUGCAGAAAACAAUCUUUAUGUUGUAGAAGGAAUGCAGUUUGAUCGCGGCUACAUCUCUCCUUAUUUCGUGACAGACAGUGAAAAGAUGUCAGUCGAAUAUGAGAACUGCAAGUUGCUCCUUGUCGACAAAAAGAUCACAAAUGCCAGGGAUUUGAUCAAUGUUCUGGAAGAAGCAAUUAGAGGAGGUUAUCCAAUCUUGAUUAUUGCAGAAGACAUUGAGCAGGAGGCUCUUGCAACUCUGGUCGUCAAUAAGCUGCGGGGUGCACUAAAAAUAGCUGCACUUAAAGCUCCAGGAUUUGGUGAACGGAAAAGUCAGUACCUUGAUGAUAUUGCUAUCCUCACUGGAGCAACUGUCAUCAGAGAUGAAGUAGGUUUAUCUCUUGAUAAAGCUGACAAGGCGGUUCUGGGGACUGCUGCCAAGGUUGUUCUCACAAAGGACGCAACCACCAUUGUUGGAGAUGGAAGUACUCAGGAAGCUGUAAAUAAGAGAGUUGCACAGAUCAGGAAUCUCAUUGAGGCUUCCGAGCAAGAAUAUGAAAAGGAGAAGCUAAAUGAACGCAUAGCCAAGCUAUCUGGUGGAGUUGCUGUCAUUCAGGUUGGAGCACAAACUGAGACGGAAUUGAAGGAGAAGAAGUUAAGAGUAGAAGAUGCCUUAAAUGCCACAAAGGCAGCGGUUGAGGAAGGAAUUGUUGUGGGUGGGGGGUGCACCUUGCUAAGACUGGCCUCCAAGGUGGAUGCAAUUAAGGAUUCACUGGAGAACGAUGAACAGAAGAUCGGAGCAGAGAUUGUGAGAAGGGCGCUAGGGUACCCUUUGAAGCUUAUUGCGAAAAAUGCUGGUGUCAAUGGAAGUGUUGUUAUUGAAAAGGUUCUGGCAAGUGACAACCCAAGGUUCGGCUAUAAUGCUGCUACUGGGCAGUAUGAAGACUUAAUGGCAGCUGGAAUUAUAGACCCUACCAAGGUGGUUAGAUGCUGCCUGGAGCACGCUGCUUCCGUGGCCAAGACCUUCCUCACAUCCGAUGUCGUAGUUGUCGACAUCAAGGAGCCAGAGCCUGUUGCUGCUGGCAACCCGAUGGACAAUUCAGGAUACGGGUACUAAAUAGGCUGGGUACCAGGCUAGCAAAGGCGCCACUAAGGGACUUCCCUGCGGAGGAAUAAGAUCCAUGAAAGUGUAGAUGUGGGUCCAUCUUUUUUAUUGUACACUGGAUUUGCGCAAGUGAUUAGGCUGGUUAUUACGAUGGUGGUAGUGAGAUUACAAUUUUGGUUGGGUUAGCUAAGCCAGAAUCCGGCGGAGGGAAAGGCAUGGGAGAAUUUGUUUUGUAGCUUGCUUCAGUGAAUGAAAAAAAUGUGAGAGUUGAUGUUC